UCGGAGCGUCUAAGCUAGCUAGCUCAAUAAUCUGUUUAGAGCUGCAAAAACCGCAGACACGAAGCGAGAACAGAAGCGCAGACAAGAAGCGGAAACGGUUGCGAAAACUUCGGAGAUGUGCCGUCAUUGCUGAUGUGUGAUGAGGCGGCAGAUAGGAGGCUGUCCGACAGGCUGGUGUGCGGAGCUCCAGCGUCCGAAAACGGGUUCCCUGUAAACCAUGUUUCACUUUUGGGGCAGUCGGACUUAUUCAGGACCUAAAGGGAUGGAAAACCCGGGUUACUGCUCCGGCAGCUUCGACGGCCUUCAUCACCCCAGCGACGAUGAUGAUGAUGAUGAGAUGGUGGACAUUGCAGGAGCCACUUUGGACUUUUCCAGCACCGACGACGUCCCUCCUCUCAGCUCAGGAGGUUUCGAGGACUACACCACCACCACCAGCAGCAGCAGCAGCAGCAGAGCAGCCGGCAUGAACGGUACAGGACCCACUAAGCUCGUGGACCCUCUGGAGGACCCACUGCCUGGAGUGGGCACCUAUGAGGACUUCAACACCAUCGACUGGGUCAGAGAGAAAAGCAAAGACCGAGACAGACACAGAGAGAUCACCAAUAAGAGCAGACAGUCGACCGUGGCUCUGCUGCACAGCGUCAGCGAUGCCUUCUCUGGAUGGCUGCUCAUGCUGCUGGUGGGACUCAUGGCAGGUGCUCUAGCCGGCGGCAUCGACAUCGCAGCCCACUGGCUGGCCGACAUGAAAGGCGGAGUGUGUCUCAUUGGUUUCUGGUUCAACCACGAGCACUGCUGCUGGACGUCCAACGAGACGACGUUCCAGGAGAGAGACCGGUGUCCACAGUGGCAGAGCUGGGCUGAGCUCAUAACAGGAACUUCAGAGGGUCCGUUUGCCUACAUAGUGAACUACCUGAUGUACAUAUUCUGGGCUCUGCUCUUCGCUUUCUUGGCCGUUACGCUGGUCAGAGCGUUUGCACCAUAUGCAUGUGGCUCAGGAAUACCAGAGAUUAAAACCAUCCUCAGCGGGUUCAUCAUCCGGGGCUACCUGGGGAAGUGGACCCUCAUCAUCAAGACCAUCACCCUGGUGCUGGCCGUCUCCUCUGGGCUCAGUUUGGGGAAGGAAGGCCCUCUGGUCCACGUAGCCUGCUGCUGUGCAAACAUACUCUGUCAUCUGUUCACCAAAUACCGCAAGAACGAGGCCAAGCGACGAGAGGUGUUGUCGGCGGCGGCGGCGGUUGGUGUGUCGGUGGCUUUUGGAGCUCCCAUCGGAGGAGUCCUGUUCAGUCUGGAGGAGGUGAGUUAUUACUUCCUGAAGACUCUCUGGCGUUCUUUCUUUGCCGCUCUGGUGGCAGCCUUCACUCUGCGCUCUAUUAACCCGUUUGGAAACAGCCGCCUGGUGCUGUUUUACGUGGAGUUUCACGCUCCGUGGCACCUGGUGGAGCUGGCCCCUUUCAUCCUGCUGGGGAUAUUCGGAGGCCUCUGGGGGGCGCUGUUCAUCAAGGCCAACAUUGCCUGGUGCAGGAAACGUAAAUCCACCAUUCUGGGCCACUACCCGGUCAUCGAGGUGCUCGUGGUGGCUGCGCUGACCGCCAUAAUCGCCUACCCGAACAGCUACACCAGGAUGAGCGGCUCCGAGCUCAUCUCCGAGCUGUUCAACGACUGCUCCCUGCUCGACUCCUCUCAGCUCUGCGGCUACAAACAGCCAACCAACACAUCGGAAACAGGUGCAGGGAACAGCCUGACAGACCGGGCAGCAGGAGAAGGCCUGUACACGGCUCUGUGGCAGCUGGCUCUGGCUUUGGUCUUCAAAAUGAUGAUCACCGUGAUUACCUUUGGCAUGAAGGUUCCUUCCGGCCUCUUCAUCCCCAGCAUGGCGGUCGGAGCCAUCGCUGGAAGGCUGCUGGGCGUCGGCAUGGAGCAGCUGGCCUACUACAACCACGACUGGUUCAUCUUCAAAGGGUGGUGCUCGCAGGGAGCAGACUGCAUCACUCCGGGGCUUUACGCUAUGGUUGGAGCUGCUGCUUGUCUAGGUGGGGUAACCCGUAUGACGGUGUCGCUGGUAGUCAUCAUGUUCGAGCUGACUGGUGGUCUGGAGUACAUCGUUCCGCUCAUGGCUGCAACCAUGACAAGCAAAUGGGUGGCAGAUGCUUUUGGAAGAGAAGGAAUUUAUGAGGCUCACAUCAGGCUCAACGGUUACCCGUUCCUGGAGGCGAAGGAAGAGUUCGAGCACAGCAGCCUGGCGGUGGACGUCAUGAGGCCGAGGAGGGCCGAUCCUGCUCUGGCGGUGCUCACGCAGGAGGGCAUGACUGUGGGGGAGGUGGAGACGUUGGUGGAGAGCACUCACUACAGUGGCUUCCCCGUGGUCGUCUCUCAGGAGUCCCAGAGGCUCGUGGGAUUUGUGCUCAGAAGAGAUCUGCUCAUAUCCAUAGACAACGCCAGGAAGCGUCAGGAGGGCGUGGUCAGCGCCUCCCAGGUGGUGUUCACUGAGCACGCUCCAACCCAGCCUGACGACGCACCGCCUCCCCUCCGCCUCCGAGGCAUCAUGGACCUGAGCCCCUUCACCGUCACCGACCACACACCCAUGGACAUCACUGUGGAUAUCUUCAGGAAGCUGGGGCUACGACAGUGUCUGGUUACACAUAAUGGGAGGCUGCUGGGAAUCAUCACCAAAAAGGACAUACUCAAACACAUGGCGCAGAUCGCCAACAGAGACCCCGAGUCCAUCCUCUUCAACUGAACUCUGUCCUCCUUCCUCCUCCUCCUCCUCUCCUCUGUGGAGCCAGAGAACACGAAAACACCAGCUCGUAAACUGAAAUGCACCUUAAGCUCUUCAACUUUAGCUGAGACGAUUGGGCUUCAUUUGCACACACUAGUAGAGGACAAAAGGUUUUUUUGUUUUUGUUGUAAUUUGAAGGCGUUUUUUGGCUUUCUGAAACAGUGACUCAUCCUGAUGCUGCUGGCUGACAGAAACAAGUCAGUGGAACACUUCACAUCUGCUACUUUUGGCUUUUUUCUCUUCUCCAUUUUCAAAUGAACAGAGGGAGUGAAUAAAAAAAACAAAAAAAUCUCCUUUUGCCGUCUUGCAGCUCUGCUCCACCUGAGAGAAAAGGGAGGCGGGAACAGAUAAUCCUCUGUUGUAGAAACUGACAAGAGGAGCUGAGGCGGUGGUGGUGGAGGAGGGAAUAAGACAUCGGGGAAGAUAAAGAGAGGCUCGGGGAGCUCCGUGCCAGCCCUCCGGCCGUCGCAGCGAGCCCAGACAGAGCCCUCUGAGCCGGGCUGAUGGAUGCUCACCUCCCCCCUCCUCCUCCACUCCUGAACUGUGAGGUUUCCUGUGGCCUCAGGCAUCGAAGGAUCCAGGAGUGUGAGAAGAGGAUCUAAUGCACACAAUCCAAAAACACUUCCAUGACAGCCUGGGAACUGGCCAGAAGCAUCCGUUUGUCUUGAAAUUUGCUAUGCGGCUGGGAACUAUGCAGUCGUCGUCUUGCCAUACAGACGGCCAGAUUUGCAAUAUGGCGAAUAUAUUCUCGUACAGAAAAAUCACACAGACAGUGCUGCAGAAACCAUGCCAUGCCUUACAGGAACGGUGGAAGCAUUUCUAAUCAUGACACACAAAUUAUUUAUGUAAAUGUAAAAUUGUUUGUCUCACUAAAUUAUUUCACUGAA